AUGUCUCAUGCUGUACGUAGAGGUAGAUCAACGCCCGCACAAUUAUAUCUUGAUGGAGUUUUGGAAUCAAUACUGGAGGUAAAGAAAGAAAUGGAUCGAAGUAAAAUAAGUGUGGCCGAAGUGAUAUUUUAUUGUAUGAAUCGAUAUCGUUCUAAUGUUUUCUUGAUAAAUGGUUUGACAAAUGAGUCUUUUACUAACGAACAAAUACUCAAGAUGUCGGUUCCACUUGCGAGAGCAUUGAUCGCUAGAGGAAUGAAAGAAAAAACUGCGAUGUUGAUACUAAGGAACCAUGAAUUAAUGGCGGCUGUGUACUAUGGAGUUAUUUUUGCUGGAGUUAUCCCUUUUAUGAUUGAUCCGAACUGCACAAUUUAUGAACUCAGCCACUUCAUGGAUUUGAUUUGCCCCAGCAUAGUUUUUUGCGAGCAAAAUCGAGAAGCAAACGUUACUAAAACUGUGAAUGACUCCAACAACGACAAACGUAAUAUUAUUGUAGUAGAUGAUGGUACUCGUUUUCAACAGUUUUUUGCUGGAUUCAGCGAUAAUCUGGACACUUUUAGAAUUAUAGGUGUCGACGUGAAUUCGACAGUAAUAAUGUUACCUACAAGUGGUUCAACAGGAUUACCCAAAGCUGCAAUGUUAAGUAACACAGGUUUGGUGGCUCAGUUACCAACUCUUUGGGCCUAUCAUACCCAGUUUCCUCGACCAACUAAUAUAGCGAUGCUAAUAUCAACAGCGCAAUGGAUGACGCAUACGAAUUUAAUGACAACUUGUCCGGUUUAUCAAAUCACAUUGUUGAUGACUCCAACACCCACUAUUGAUAGUGUACUUAAAAUGAUUCGACGAAACAAGCCAACAUGGGCUCUUCUUGGACCAGCAUUUGCCAAUUCUUUAUCUACUGCAGCUGCCUCUGAAGAUUUGGCAUCGUUUCAGACAGUUUUAAUUACUGGUUCUCAGCCAGGCCCUAAUACAAUGAAAGCUUUAAAGGAAAAGCUAUCAAAACGUGUACACCUCUGCAAUGGCUAUGGAAUGACCGAAACACACGGAUUCAUCUCCAUCCCAGAUCAAAAGACUCCGUUUGAGUCAACGGGAAUGAUUGCAAAUAUUUUUAAUUUUCAGUUUCAAGAUGAGAAUGGUAAAGAAGUUGGAGUAAAUGAAAACGGAGAAUUGAUGUUACGGAGCAAGCUGUGCAUUUUAAAGGGUUAUUACAAAAAUGUCAAAGCGUACAAAGAAUGCGUGACAGACGAUAAUUGGUUGAAGACUGGUGAUGUAUUUUACCAAAAUGAAGACGGGCUUAUGUUCUUUGUGGAAAGAAAGAAAUUUUGGUUCAAGUAUUCGAAUUAUCACAUUUCACCAGAAGAACUGGAAGCUGUGAUCGGUACUGUACCAGGUGUACAAGAGUGUGCAGUAUGCGAGACUCCGAACGGACCAGCGGCGGGUGUUGUAAGGCGUCCAGACUGCAACACAACUGAACAAGAAAUUCAUAGCAUUGUUAAUUCUACACUUAGUGAUUGCAAGCGUCUUCGAGGUGGAGUGGUGUUUGUCACAUCUCUUCCACACACGCACAGUGGAAAGCUACACCGGGCCGACUGCCGACAUCUUAUAAAUAAGCUGCUUGGAAAUCAAUUAUAA